AUGAAGGCUCAUUUCGCAAUCGCGUCGACGCUGUUCGGCCUUGCCCUGUCGCAGGCAAAGGUUCCUUCCGACCUCUCCAGCGGCUUUGGAUCAGGCUCCAUAGGCCUACAGCUCAGCUUUGGUGGCGAUGCCUCCGAUGGCUUAUCGAGCGGCGCUGUGGUGUCGAAAGAUGAUGCAUCGAAAACGCCCAGCUUCGCCUUGACAGAUGCCUCUGGUGUUAACAGAGCCGUCUCAUUUACCAUUAUGAUGAUUGACACCACAGAGCAAGGGUCCCGCAAGCUCCACUAUUUGCACACCGAUUUUAAAGCAACCGGCGAAAAGACAAAGCUGGAUUCGUCCACCAAACCCCUUGUUGCCUACGGAGCUCCCGGCAGCUUUGGUGAGAACGGAAAAAGGGAAUACACGUUCCUAUUGUAUCGUCAAACCGGCGAUGGCAAGAUGAGCGACGUCCCCAAGGGGGGAGACUCUAUCGACGUGAAACAAUUCCAACAGAAAAAUGGAUUGCAGGAUGCACGAGCCGGUGUCGCUUUAUCUGUAGAUAUGGGAGGAGGCAGUGGUGGUGGCGGCGGCGGCGGCGGUGGUGGUGGUGGUGGUGGUGAUGGUAACAGGCCGCCCAAUCGGCCGCCCCCUGACUCCCCAGCCAUUACCUCCACUGCUACUCGUGAGAGAGAAUCACCGGCCUUCCCUAUUGCGAUACCUCCAGCGCAACCGCCCCCCACACCCCCUGCCGCCGCGCCCCCUGCUAUCCCAGUUCCCGCUCCCGCUCCCGCUCCAGCUCCAGCGCCCAUCCCUGCACCAGCGCCUCCAGCUGCUCCUGCGCCUCCGUCAAACCCCGGUGCCAUUGCGCCUCUUGUACCCGUUGCGCCCGGCGACGCCAACCGGAACCAAAACCCCAGCUCCAGCCGCACCACCGAAUCCGCGUCGACGCCUCAGGUCAUCCAAGGCCCUGGUACGUCUGUUGCCUCUGCAAAUAGCACUUCCACCCCUAGCGUGCGGCCAGCUAACAACGGCACGGCGGCGUUGCCUCUGCCAGACCGGCCUACCGCAUCGCGCACCCAGCCCGCCGUUUCCAAUACCGGUGGCCAGGGCGCGGAAACGAGCUUCGUGUUUGUUUCUCCGUCCGGGGCCAGCAAUGCGGCUGGCAACUCGCAGCCGAGCGGAUCGGGCGCGGCCUUGAAUUCGCAGGGCGGGCAGAACUCGGGAGCCACGGCGAUGGCAGUCGGGCCCCUGGGCGUCGCGGGCGCUCUGGGUGUGGUCGGGUGCGCUGUGAUUUUUGCUGUUGCCGCCGCCGCCGCCCUGGUGGCCGGCAGUGCCACGGUGGGUGCGUAUCUCAAUGCCAAGUACCACAUCCACCAGGACCUGUCGGCGAUUUUCGAAAUGAAGGCCAUCGAGCGCGCCGUGGCUCGCGCAGCGGCCAGCGGGACCAUGUCGACGUGGUACUUGUUCGAAGACAAGGUGAAGAAGUACCCCCACGCCCGCUGCAUCUGGACGCGCGAAGUCGAGUACACCUUCCAGGAGACAUACGACCUGGUGUGCCGCUAUGCGAACUACUUCCUGUCCCUGGGCAUCACGCGCGGCGACCUGGUGGCCGUGUACCUGCAGAACUGCGCCGAGUUCCCGAUCGUGUGGACGGCGCUGUGGGCCAUCGGCUGUGCGCCGGCUCUGAUCAACUACCACCUGGCCGGGCCGGCGCUGCUGCACUGUCUGAAAGUCAGCAGCGGCACAUUCCUGCUCGUCGACCCCAGCGCGGAGUGCCUGCAGCGCAUCGAGGAGCAGAAGUCGGCCAUCGAGACGGAGCUGGGCAUGACGCCGCUGGUGCUGGACGACGCCCUCAAGGCGUCCAUUGAGACCUUCCCCGCCACGCUGCCGGACGACUCCUUGCGCCGCGGCAUCAGCGGCGACGCGCCGUCGUGCCUGUUCUACACCAGCGGCACGACCGGCCUGCCCAAGGCGUCGGCGUUCACGAUGGCCCGCCUGCACGCGACGGCGCUGAUGGGCGCGCGGCGCGACCGGCCCGGCGUCGACGGCGACGUGUGGUACAACUGCAUGCCGCUGUACCACGGCACGGGCGGCGUGCGGCUGCAGGUGUGCCUGUGCAGCGGGGCGGCGGCGGCGAUCGGCCAGCGGUUCAGCACGCGCAGCUUCUGGCGCGAGGUGGUGGAUGCGCGCGCGACGCACUUCAUCUACGUGGGCGAGACGGCGCGGUACCUGCUGGCGGCGCCGGCGUCGGCGCUGGACCGCGCGCACGGCGUGCGCGGCGUGUACGGCAACGGCUUGCGGCCGGACGUGUGGGAGGCGUUCCGCGAGCGCUUCGGCAUCGCGCAGAUCUGCGAGUUCUUCAACAGCACCGAGGGCAUGUUCGGCCUGGUCAACGUCAACCACGGCGCGUACACGGCGGCGUGCGUCGGCCACCACGGCGCGCUGCUGCGCUGGCUGCUGCGCGACACGUACGUGCCCGUGGCCGUGGACGCCGCCACGGGCGACAUCGCGCGCGACCCGGCCACGGGCUUCGCGGUGCGCAGCGCGUACGAGGACGGCGGCGAGAUGCUGGUGGCCGUGGCCGACGAGCAGGCGUUUCAGGGCUACUGGCGCAACGCGGCCGCCACGCAGCAGAAGUUCGUGCGCGACGUGUUCCGCGCCGGCGACCUGUGGUACCGCACGGGCGACGCGCUGCGGCGCUCGGCCGACGGCCACUGGCACUUCCUCGACCGCCUGGGCGACACGUUCCGCUGGAAGUCGGAGAACGUGUCGACGGCCGAGGUGGCCGCCGUGCUGGGCCAGUACGCCGGCGUGGUCGAGGCCAACGUGUACGGCGUGGCGCUGCCGCACUACGAGGGCCGCGCCGGCUGUGCGGCGGUGCUGCUGGCGCCCGGUGCCGCUGCUGCCGCCGACGCGCGCGGCUUCGAUUGGUCUGGGCUGGUGCGGCAUGCGCGCGCGCGGCUGCCGCGCUACGCGGUGCCGGUGUUUAUCCGGCUGGUGCGGGCGUCGAACCACAUCCACAACAACAAGCAGAACAAGGUGCCGCUGCGGGCCGAGGGCGUGGAUCCGGCCAAGAGGGGCACGCAGGUGCCGGACGGCGCGGCCGACCGCAUUCUGUGGAUGACGCCCGGCGACGACACGUACCGCGAGUUCACGGUGCAGGACUGGGAGAGCCUGGUGGCGAGCCAGGUGCGGCUGUAA